AACGGUUUGUUUCACGGAUGGGAGCUAGAUAUGGUCGUGAGAUAUUGAAAAAUCAACAGCUUAUAAAAAAGGGUUUACCCGUCAAUUCGUAUUUAUAUAAAGUCCCCAAAUCCGAUGAACGAUUUAGUUACAUUGUAGUAGUACCUGAAGAGAUUUAUGAUAAUUGCGAAAAAAAAAUAUCACAGAAAAAAGGGAACUCCUUGGAUCGUAAAAAGAAAUCAAAGGAGAAGAAAUCGAAAAAUGUUAAGGAUUUAGACGAAGAUGAAAUAGCAAAUAUCAAAGAUGUAGAGUCGCAGAAAUUGGCUAAAAAAUGGCUUAAAAAUUAUAUCAAGAAUUUAUAUGAUGGUCCGAAAAAAGAUGAAACCAUUAUCUCCCAUUUAUGGAAAGAUGCCACCACUCACGCUGAAAAAAUAU